AUGGACGUGGGCGACUAUUUCGAUAAAAACAUCGAACCAAGUCAAGCUAAAUUGAUAUGUGAGUUUUUCGUCCUAUUAAACCAUAAAGUAUCAGAUGAAAGCGACGAUAAUACAUAUUAUGUUGUGAAAAGCUUCUCAGAUCAAAAUGUUCAUAUUGCUCUAACUCACGAUGUAUGGGCAACUACACCAAAAAACGAAGUAAUAUUCGAUGAAGCUUUCAAAAAAGGGUCAAACGUCAUAUUAAUAUUCUCCAUUAAUGGAAGUUCACGCUUUAUCGGCUAUGCAUUGAUGCAGUCAAGGCCGGGAGAAGCGAGUGUCGAAGAAAGUGUAUUUUACUUAGGUAACGGAAAAAAAUUUAAAGGUAAACAAUUUGAUAUAAGCUGGAUUAGAGUGGUCGAUCUGCCAUUUUCUGAAUGCUCGAACUUGAACAACAGCUGUAACGAGGGCAAACCAGUGAAAAUUGCACGUGACGGACAGCAAGUCGAUAAAGCUACAGGCAAAGAACUGUGUCAGCUGUUCGAGAACUGUUUUGAUCGUGACUCAAAGCAAAAAUCAACGGAAACUGCUGCUAAAAGGCCGAAUGAAUGCGUGAUCGAUGAGACAGGUCUCCACCAAGUAGGUAGUUACCCCGAGGAACUAGAGGAGUUCCGCAUUACAGGGGUACCGUCCCCUCAAUUGUUAUCUGGAGGCCUUGAAAUACCUCCAGUGGAUCCCACAUCACCCCACUGUUUCCCUGGAAUUGCAGUGUCGAUAGAGCAGAGUAAUACGAAAGGAAAACAGACACAAAGUGUUAAAGUGGCGAAUAUAGUCACACCUAUGCCAUUGGAAGAAGCAGAAUUAGCGGCAGAAUAUAACCCAGCUAUUGCUGUAUUCCCAAUUGAUCUCAGCAAUAUGUCCUACGAUCACUAUAUAUCUUUAUACAAUGUUUCAAAUGAAUAUUGGACGGGAUUACAGGAAGAGCUGAUAAAAGAAGAGGUAGAGGAUUGA